GUGUGGUCCAGUCAUAUGACUUAUAUGAGCGCAGGUUUGAGGCUGAUUUCAUAGCGCUGCUGAAUCGGGUCACACUCGGUCCGGGCGUCACUUACCGUCUGUCUGCUCAGAGGAACCGUCCACCCGUCGCAAUGGCUGUCCGCGGUUGUGUGACCCUGCUCUUUAUUCUACUGAGUGGUAUUGUGCAUGCUGAAGAUCUGGUAACAUCGUCAUUACCUGCAACACAGGAGUUCAGUACCAGCAAAAUCCUCUCCGGCAGUUCUUCUCCAACCACCUCCAAACACUCUUCAGCUGCCACUUCUACUGCUGUGACUACAGGUCCAACCACGCAUCACACCACCACUAAAUCUAUUACAGAACCUACAACUACCCCUCAUCUCACCACAACUAAAUCUACUACUGAACCUCCAACUACCAUGCAUCACAACACAACGAAUUCCACCACAGAAGCGCCAACUACCAUGAAUCACAACACAACGAAUUCCACCACAGAAGCGCCAACUACCAUGAAUCACAACACAACGAAUUCCACCACAGAAGUGCCAACUACCGCGCACUCUAAUGCUACAACGGCUCCAACUCCUCCUCCGACCACUCCUCCUGUCCCCGACCCAACUGUUGGAAACUACAGCGUCAAGUCAGAUAAUGUCACAGUCUGUCUUUUGGCAAAGAUGGGCCUUCAGUUUAGUUUCAAAAUGAGUGAGAAUUCCAGCUUUCAGACUCUUAAUUUUGACCCAAGUGCUAAUGUAACUGAAGUGAGUGGAACCUGUGGAAGUGGUGGCAAUGACUCUUCCCUUCUGCUGAAGUCAGAAGAAAUCACAGUUCAUUUUGUCUUCACAAAUGUUUCACAGAAGUUCCGUCUACAUGCUUUGACGCUCUCUGUUAAUCUUGAAAAUGGAAACGUUUUCAAUGCCUCCAAUAAUAAUCUGUCUCUGUGGGAGGCAUCUGUCGGAAGCUCCUACAUGUGCAGAAAAGAGCAGAGUUACAACAUCACUGACAAGCUUACCCUCAACACGUUCGAGCUGCAAGUGCAGCCCUUUGCAGUCCAGAACAACAAGUUUAACACAGCGGAGGAAUGCUUUCUGGAUUCUGAUUUGAGUUUUCUCGUGCCCAUUGCUGUGGGUGUGGCUCUCAGCUUCCUAAUCAUCCUAGUUCUUAUCUCUUACCUGAUUGGCCGGCGGAAGAGUCGCACUGGUUACCAGUCUGUAUAACAACCCAAGCUGCUGCCGUCUUACCUCUGACCCUGGCUUGUCCUUUACCAUUUAUAUUUGCUCCUCCUCUCUCUUCUGGUCCUGUUGGCUUACUCUUUUGCCCUGCAAACUGCUCGACCCUCCUCACCUGGCAGCGCUAACCGCUGAUGACACCCCUAUUUCUAACACGUUCGAUUGCAUAAUUAUACCAUUACUACAUAAUUAUAUCUCUGAGCUCUAAUCUUCUCCUGUGUACGAUUUAAACGUUUUAUGAGUGAUGUGGUAUAUUUCUGCUUAAUUACACUUGAAGCAAUGUCAACUGGCAUGAUUCACUUGUUUAGUGUAAGAACAGGCUGUCUAAAAUCCACUGGCAUUGCGCUGUGUUAAAUGCAUGGGGGAAAAAAAACAUUAUUUCUCCGUUUAUGGGAGUUUUGGUUUUUCUUGCUCUAAGGAUGCUCAGUUCUGGUUGCUGUGACUUAUAUUCAUGUGAACUCUUGUUAUGAAUGAGUGAUGCCAUUUUAGAAUUAGGAGUCUUUUGAGUUUAUUAACCAUUGAAUGUAAAUGCUCAAUUAGUUCUGUAAUUGUACUCUCGUGGAUCAGUUGUUGCCGAAAUUGGGGGUGAAAAGUAUCCUGGCGUAUUUUCUUAAUCAGCUGAGCUAAUGAUAAGUCACACUAUUGCACUUAGCACAUUGUAUUAUAAAGGGACAUUAUUUUUUGUGACAUUUACCAGCAUCGAAUAUCAAGCUUUUGUUGAUUUCAUUAGGUCCCUCUCAGGGAAUGUUGGAAGUGUUACGAUAGGCUUGUUAGUACAUGGGUUUGUCGAUUUUUAGUUUGUCAUUUCUCUGGACACAUACAUACAAUGUACAAAAUCCACCUUUUCUAAGACCAAAGCUACAAGUUCCUGUGUAUUUUCAGUCUGCUCUGCAUAGUGACGAUACUAAUGUGUCCAAACCAAUUCAUUUGUAUACCCCCCCCCCCCAAAGGAGUUAGCUAUUAAAACAAACACAAAGAAAAUAUCAUUGUUGUACUAUAGUGUGCCUUUUAGUUACAUUUCUUUGUUCCUUCUCUGUAGGACCUUAAUCUGUCAGGUUAGGAAUGUUGGUUCAAGUUUCAAAGUGGAAAAAAAAUUCAAUAAAAUGGUUUUUUUUGUACA